GAAGGAGAUUUGGGGAGGUCAGGAGUGGCUGUUCUUACUUCCCAACUGCAGCAGCACACCCCAGUCUCAUAACCCUCCACAGAGGCAACCGAGCAGAACUCAUCUGGAGCGAAGGCUUGCAGACGGCAGAAAAUUAACUGAUUGAUCUCGAAGCGAGAGCCAUACACUUACAGCCACAAUGGCAGAAGAUGCUGAUAUGCGCAAUGAGCUCGAAGAAAUGCAGCAGCGGGCUGAUCAGAUGACUGAUGAGUCCCUCGAAAGCACCCGUCGUAUGCUGCAGCUUGUUGAAGAGAGCAAGGAUGCUGGUAUCAGGACCUUGGUUAUGUUGGAUGAGCAAGGAGAACAACUGGAACGCAUCGAAGAGGGAAUGGACCAAAUCAAUAAGGACAUGAAAGAAGCAGAAAAGAAUUUGACGGACCUAGGAAAAUUCUGUGGCCUUUGUGCCUGUCCAUGUAACAAGCUUAAAUCAAGUGAUGCUUACAAAAAAGCCUGGGGCAACAAUCAAGAUGGAGUUGUAGCCAGCCAGCCUGCCCGUGUUGUGGAUGAACGAGAACAGAUGGCCAUCAGUGGUGGAUUUAUCCGCAGGGUAACAAAUGAUGCCCGAGAAGGUGAGAUGGAUGAAAACCUGGAACAGGUUGGCGGCAUCAUUGGAAACCUCCGUCACAUGGCUCUAGAUAUGGGCAAUGAGAUUGAUACACAGAACCGCCAAAUGGACAGGAUCAUGGAGAAGGCUGUUUCCAACAAAACCAGGAUUGAUGAAGCCAAUCAACGUGCAACAAAGAUGCUGGGCAGCAGUUAAAGGCAACCAGGGGCCAAUCCUUCUACACACACUGUCCCCGAGGGGAGCAAUCUCAUGCUUUUUCUCAUGGUAUUUACCAACUAGGUUUGCAUACGUGCACAUAUCAGCCCCUCUUCUUCCUUCCCUCUGUAAAUGUUGUCCUGUGUAAGUUGUCAGCUUUCCAAAAAUAAUACUUGUAAAUUUAUUUUUAUUUCCCAGACCUCUUCCUUUCCAAAGGUUGUAUGUAUAUAGUACUGAUUUAACGGCUAUAACUCAUGACUAUGUUCUAUUUAUUUGUUGGGUUUUUCCUUUCUCCCUCCCUCCCUCCCUCCCUCCCUCCAUUCCAGUCCUCCCUUUGCAUUUUCUGUCCAUUUUUGGUUGGUGGGUUUGUUUCUUUUUUCUUUUUUUAAAAAUUAUGACGUUUCUGCUAAAUGAAAAACAAAAUGUAGGAAUGCUCAACGUGCUGUUAAACCUUGAACUAUACAGUAUUGUUCUUGUAAAACUGUUAACAUUUCACAGAGCUGCCCCCCCAGAAGUCUCUUCUUUGAACAUCAUUGUUGUUUAAACACUUAAGAACCUCAUGUUCCCUCAAUUUCUCCAUUGCUGUCAUCCGUUGUUCUAAGUUCAUAAUAAGACAAUGUGGAAUUACAUAACUUAUAACAAGCAUUGCACUAAGCAAACAGUGAUGUGAUUUAUGCAUUUAUUGCAUGAAAAAAAUAGAUUUUUAGACUCUUUAACUUAAGUGAGACUUUUCCAUGGCAGUAAUAACAUCAGUGACAACAAAAGAAAA